AUGUCAUUGAAUGAGUUUGUACGUAAUCGUGUAGCCUGUAUUCUAGAAUUGACACAGAAUUAUCAGUGGCAGUAUGUGAAAUCGGAAAACAAUCCGGCUGAUGCAUUGUGGAGAGGCCAGUUUCCCGAACAAUUACUAACGAAUCAGCUUUGGUGGAGUGGAUCACCGGAGCUGUGUAAUCCUGGAACACCGAAGCUAUACACAGUAGAAAUAUUAGCUGAUGAAGAUUUACCUGAAAUGCAAGUUACAAAAAAUGUGCUGGCUGCAGUGCAGCAAGAGCCACCGUUUACCUGGAAACGUGUUAGUGAUUUCAGGCGUUUGCGCCGUGCAUGGGCGUACGUGCUGCGAUUUAUCACAAUUAUUAGAACAAAAUCAAAGCUGAGCGGAACAUUUUCGGUAGCAGAGUUGACAGAAGCAUCGCACACUAUUUAUAAGUUGGUGCAACAAGAAUCUUUCCAAGACUUACUAAAGGACCUUAAUACAGGAUCAACGAAGCGAAAUAAAUUCUCAGGUCUUGCGCCCUUUUUGGACUCUGAAGGUAUUAUACGAGUUGGUGGUCGCCUGAAGUAUUCUGCAAUUCCAUAUGAAGGCAAACACCAAAUUUUGUUGCCGCAAAGGCAUGAAGUUACGGAAAUGGUAAUUCGGUAUUUACACGUGAAAAACUAUCAUGCGGGACCGAAUGGUCUUCUUUCGAUUGUUCGUCAAGAACUCUGGCCGACUGGUGCAAGAACGAUCAUCAAGCAAGUUGUCAAUCGCUGUUAUCGAUGUUUCAAACAAAAUCCAAAACAAGUGAAUCAAUUCAUGGGUGAUCUUCCCAGUUAUCGUGUGACACCAUCACCGGUGUUCGCCGAAACGGGUAUCGAUUAUGCUGGACCAUUUACCCUCAAAGAAGGUGUAAGGAAGCUAAAACUCUACAAGGCGUAUGUCGCUGUGUUUGUGUGCAUGGCGACGGGGUUACCCCAGUGA